UUGUACUUUCAGAAUAAAAGCCCCAGUCCUCCUCCUGCUCAGGUUCCUGAAGCUGCAGAAGUGGAGGAUUAGCAUUUAGCGACACUGUGCUAACUUAAGGAUUAGCAUGUAGCAACACUGUGCUAAUUUAAGGAUUAGCAUGUAGCAACACUGUGCUAAGUUAAGGAUUAGCAUGUAGCAACACUGUGCUAACCUAAGGAUUAGCAUUUAGCGACACUGUGCUAACUUAAGGAUUAGCAUGUAGCAACACUGUGCUAAUUUAAGGAUUAGCAUGUAGCAACACUGUGCUAAGUUAAGGAUUAGCAUGUAGCAACACUGUGCUAACCUAAGGAUUAGCAUUUAGCGACGCUGUGCUAACCUAAGGAUUAGCACAAAGUCAUGCUAUGCUAACCCUCUGCCAGAUGUGUGUGUCGAGGUGUCUCCGCUGCGUCUCCGUCUGCCUGGUUGCAACGGCGAUGGUCUGCAUGCUGUCCAACGUCCUGCUGCUGCUUCCUAAUCUGAAGAUCCACUUCCUGUUGGAGGGUCAUGUGACCAGAGAGGCCACCUGGGCCACGGGCCUGUGGGGGUCUGGAUUCCUGGUUCUGUUCGCAGCUCGAGCGUUUCUGCAGAGCAGCGAGACCCGAGGCUGCUGCGCUUUCAGGCGCCAGAUGUUCUCCCGGCUGCUGUUCUCCUGUGUGUGUCUCUUCUCUGCGGGGUUCUGCUGUCUGGUGAGUCUCACCGCUCUGUCCCAGGGUCCUCUCUGUCUCUACAGCGACUCCUCUGGACCCACCUGGGGCGUCCCGCUGAAACCCAACCCAGACCGUGAUGCGGGCUACCUGUACAACAUGUCUGUGUGGUCAUCAGUGUGUGAGCAGCCAGCGGGGGUGGUCCAGUGGAACGUGGUCCUGUUCAGUGUGAUGGGCGGAGCCAGCGGCCUGCAGACGGUCCUCUGUGGAGCCAACGUGUUCAACUCCCUACUGGGCCUGGUCCUGGGACAGGGCUGCUGCCAUGGCAACAAGGUCGGUCCAGCUGCAGUGUGAUUGGCCGUCCUGGAUCCUGAUGGAGGAUAUCCUGAGAUUUUCAG